CAGUGUGUCGGUAACGCUAACGGGGGUGCCACUCGCCAAGGUCGUCGCCUUCACCCUCAAACCCCCACAAAACCGAUAGAUCUCGUAGAAAACACGCCACGAUGUGCAUUAAAACACGAUUCCGGGUCAUAGAUUAACGAGAUGAGGCUUGUGUGAUGUCGCCUCCCCGCAGAUACGGUGGAUCUGGCGUCCCAGCCGUCGCGAAGCGGCUGGGUACAAAAUACCUUUGUUCCUAGCUUUCUCGUGACUCGAAAAAACAGUAGACUCUGCACUUUCCCGCAAUUAUCGCGUGUAUUUUCUCUUUCUUUGCAAUAUCGAACAAAAGUUGUGGAAUCGUAAGAUCAUGCCGGCGUCACGCCCAUUUCCUCCGGGUAUUCAUCCGCCCAGCCUGACGUGGUUUAAAAACGAUGCGCGUCAAGAAAUCGAUUGGGAUUUGCAGAGGAAACAUGUUUCUUUUCUCGUCAAAUCCGGGGUCCAUGGAAUCGUCCUAGCAGGUACUAAUGGCGAGGCCGUCACCAUGACGAGAGACGAGAAGAUCCAACUCAUAAGUUUGGCGAAAGAGGUAGCAGCAGAGGCCGGCCGGCCAGACCUACCGAUUACGGUCGGAAGUACCGGGCAGAGCACGAAAGACGUUAUAGCCGACGUAGAAGCAGCCCAUAAAGUCGGAGCCGAUUUCACAUUGGUGCUAUGCCCGAGUUACUUUCACUUCGCGAUGAACGAAGACGCAAUCACCGGCUUCUUUACAGAGCUUGCCGAUGCGAGUCCAAUACCGAUCCUCAUUUACAACUUUCCCGGGGUUGCCGCCGGUAUAGACGUAAAUUCGGAGAUGCUGGCCAAACUCGGGGCUCACCCCAACAUCGUAGGGGUCAAGCUGACUUGUGGAGGUAUCGCAAAGGUAGCCAGGAUCAAGGCCCAAUACGAACCUAGCGAGUUUGCCGCCAUAGCGGGUCAGAGCGAUUGGCUCAUCCCCGCAAUGACGGUGGGUUCAAUUGGCUCCGUGACUGGAGUUGCCAAUCUAUACCCUAAAGCUUGCGUGCAACUAUUCGAUCUAUACAACCAAGGAAAACUCGGUGAAGCUGCUGAAGCUCAGAUCAAGCUGGCUGGGGUUGAAUGGGGUUUCGGAAAGGGCGGGAUCAACGGGACUAAAUGGGUCGUCGCUAAAUAUCUGGGAUAUCCGGAAGCUAGUUGCCACUGCCGGCGGCCUUACCCCGAAUUUGACGACCCCAAAAAACAAAGCUGGAUCACUGAGAUAGUAAGGCCUUUGGAAAGCGUCGAGGCGAGUUUGGUGAAUCCAUAGGUAGGUAUAUAUAUAGUGGUCUGUAAAUAAAGUCAACCGUCGAACACUUCUGAACGUAGAUUAUAACUUUCUGUAGCGCCACCGCUCGUUUAAUGAAUGCUAGGUUGUCUGGCGCUGCAAGUAUUCUGUAUGUUAGGCUAGAUUAGGUAUGUAUCAUGUAAAGCCAGCCAAGAACCUCGCUACGGCUGGCCAGGGGGUAUCGA